UGGGAAAGCGGGCUGUUCAAAUUAGUUCGUCUCCUCGGCGGCGCGCAGGCGGUCAUGGAGGGACAAAACAGUGUUGUGAAUACCCCAGCACACAGGCCCGAUACAAGAAGAAGUAAGAGUUACGGGCGAAGCUGUGUGGAACCUCCGUCUCUUUUCUGGCAAACCCCGGGACACUUAACCACCCUCGGCCACAGGAUUCCAACCAGCAGAAGGGCUGCCAAGUCCCAUAAUAUUACUACUAAGGUUGACCCAGAGCAAGUGGCUCUUUUGAUCAAAAACGAAUGGAAGCUGUCCCAUGUCACCCCUCUGUACCGGUUUCGACACACACAGCUGAAACUGUACUCCAAGCACCUUGCUGCUUUCAUCAUAGCAGAGAAACAGCAGGGUGUUGCAGUUGAAGUUGGAGUAGAGGCUGGUUUCAAGGUCACGUUCUCUGCUGUUCUUGGAAUAGCUGAGACAAAGGAGGACGCUGAAACUGUUUUCAUUCAAGUACAUUCUAAGCCUUUAUUUUCAGCAGAUACUCCAAAGGCAGUGUGGCGUGGUUGGCUGACGUGUGUUAAUGGUGAUCCAGAAUAUCUGAGGUCACUGCCACCUGACUUUGUUAGCUUGCCCUUGUUCUGCAGCAGUGGGCCGGAAUACCUUACAGCUCUUGUCAAGUCUUGGUUCGAGCGUACAUUUGACUGUAGUUUCGGCUCGCUGUAUCUAAAUUCCACCAUGCUAAAUUGGCUUGCUGCUUUGUGGACUGGCUGCCAUCCCACCAGUAAUAUCAGGUACUUGAAGUUGGCAUGGAACAUGCCCUCUCAGCCACCUUUGGACAUUGCAUAUACAGUCAACCCACAGGACGCAUGGGAACUAUGGAACAGCAUUCAUACAGAGGACAGCACAGAUGACCGGAUCAAUAUUGAGGAAGUCCAGCUUUUUAUGAAUGGGCUGGAGAUUCACUUCUUCCGACAUUUUAAAAUCUACCUUUCUGCCGGGACCCUCACAAAGGUCUCUACUGCCCUUGGUUCAGCACAUCAUGAUGGGAAAAUAAAGAUUGGCAGCAGUGACUACAUCACCACCUUACUGACCCUGCUAACGGAAUGUGCCCUCAUGAAAACACCUGUUUGAGUUCUGUUUUAUUUUAUUCUAUAUCUUUGAAUAGUAUAUUUUACUGAAUAAACAGUGCAUAACAUUUUGUAUACAUUCUAAACUGCAAUUCUUUUGUAUUUAUGUUUUUCUCAGUCAUAAAGAUGUAAAUAUGUAAAGCCUUAAUGCACAGAACACAAAACUUGAGAUGAAUUGUAUCUGGAUGGUCCUUAUAUGGGAUUCUACUGAUUAGGACAUGAAAUAUUACAACGCAAGUGUUCUACAUUCAAGAGUGGCAACUGUAUAGUCCUAAAUGCAUGGAAAUCAUGUGCUUGCAAUUAUUUUAGAAAGCCCAGUAAUGUGUUUAUGCUUCCAGUUUAAUCUUUUCACUCUUUAAUGCUGCAUAUCUGCCAUUUUAACAUGUACAUUUCUAGUUAACAUUUACUCAUUUAUUUUUCAUACUGUGUACUUAUCUUGAGUUCUGUUAACUUCAGGCAAAUUAGACCUUAAUGCGUUUGCAAUGACAGUAAACGAGUAUUCAUUAUUUAAGUAUUAUACAGGGGAAAUCACUUUUUAAAAUCAGUCACUGUAAAUGUUUGAUAACAUUGCUUUUAAGACAUUUUAUUCUGUGACAUGCUGAGUAGUGUCUCAAUUCCUUAUUUUAUCUGUUGGUUGAUUGAAAUAAAUGAAAUGUGAACAUUCCUCAAAUCCUUUAAAACAAGGGUAACCAAGACAGUUAACUGUAUGCUCAACCUUUUCACAUCAAGAUUCAUUCAAUCUCAGUAACAUCUGUAAAAAUAUUUCAUAUUUACAAACCCAAAUCCAUCCAAAAAGGUUUGGACUGUAUGUGAAACACAUAAAAACAAAGCUGUGAUUAGUAAAAUCUGACCACUAUUAAAUUGAAAAUGGCACAAAGUUUGUUUUACCAACACUUAUUUGUAAAUAUAAUUUGAUGUCUAUGACACAUUUGGAACAAGAGCAUAUUAACUACUGUUACAUCUUUUAACAGCAUGUAAUAAUGCUUUAGGGACAGAGGACACCAGUUGAUCCAGUUUUGAAAGUGCAAUUUUUGUUGAUUUUCUGUUAAUGAAGUCUUCAGAUGUGCAACCACGCAGGGUCUGUGUCAUAUUUUGAGCUUAAUAAGAUGUACAGGCAGACCAGUCGAGCACCCACUCUGAUUAUGUAGCUAUGCUGUUGUAACAUGCAGAAAUAAUCAUGGACGUUCCUGUAAAAGUGUCUAAAUGGCAGCAUAUUGCUG